AUGCCAAAGUCAUCUGCUAAAAGUGAUAACUCCAAAGGUGCCAAGUCGAGUGGGAAAAAUUCAACUAGUUCCAACAAUAAAACUGAUAAUGCAUCAUCAACUGGCUCUGGUAAACAGUCCAAGUUGGCUAAUGCAGUGAAGGUACGUCAUAUAUUAUGUGAGAAACAAGGUAAAUGUUUAGAAGCUUUAGAACAACUUAAAAAUGGUAAACGUUUCAAUCAAGUCGCAGAAAUGUACAGUGAAGAUAAAGCUCGUUCAGGCGGUGAUCUUGGAUGGAUGUCCCGUGGAUCAAUGGUUGGCGCAUUUCAAGAUGCAGCUUUUAAUUUGCCUAUAUCAACUUUGGAAAAUCCUAAAUAUACUGAUCCACCAGUUAAAACACAAUAUGGAUAUCAUAUUAUUAUGGUUGAAGGAAAACGAUAA